AUGAAGGAGUAUGAUUUCUUCCAAAAUCUUGAAAUGCACGUACGCGCCAACUUUCCUCCACUGUGUGGUCGAGAUCACCUCGCAUUCAGAUCUUAUUAUCAUCCUUGCAAGAAUGUGAUUGACGGCGAUCUUUGUGAACAGUUUGGUUUGAUGGACGCGGCUGCUCAGCGAGAAGUCACCGAAGGUCUGGAUCGCACUAUUAGCGAGAUACCUCAGACUCCAGUUAUAUUGCACGAUAUAAAAGGGAGAUCGUGUACUUGCGUUGUAAGAAGUGUUGUUGUUUACUUAAUAUUUCCCUAA